UUUCACCACCCCUCUGUCUGACGGUGACGUCACCUCCCAUAGACGGACAGUUGGAUUCUUCGGGCAGAAGAGACAGUUGUUGACGUUUUGUUUUGAUCGCUUUUGUCUGAAUUUUUGGACAUUACGCCGACAUUAUCCGCGGAUUUAGAAACCCGCCUUUCGACUCUACCAUCACGCCUCAGUGCGGGGAUCCAGCAAAGAUGAAAUGGAUGUUUAAAGAGGACCAUUCCCUGGAGCAUCGAUGUGUGGAGUCAGCCAAAAUACGAAACAAAUAUCCUGACAGAGUACCGGUGAUAGUGGAGAAGGUUUCUGGCUCGCAGAUAGUGGACAUUGAUAAGAGGAAGUACCUUGUGCCCUCUGACAUCACAGUGGCCCAGUUCAUGUGGAUCAUCAGGAAACGCAUCCAGCUGCCUUCAGAGAAAGCCAUCUUCCUCUUUGUCGACAAAACUGUCCCCCAAUCCAGCAGGUCCAGUCGUGCGUGCAUGUUAGUGCAUGAGUGCCUUGUGGUUUCGGUAUCGGAUGCCGAGGGCCGCGAUAAAGCGUCUGUGAGAGCCGUGUGGAGGCAAUCCCUGACCACUUUUUUUCAGUAUUUCAAGUACAGCACCUACACUCUCCUACGCUCAGACCGACUGCUCUCCAUUCACCGUACAAGACAUCAGUCUAUCCUGUUGCAAAACCGUGUGCUGCCAAUUCAGAUCUGGAUCCAAGCAUGUCAUGAAACAUGUUUCUUUGCCAUGGCUGUUGAUAUGUCUUUAUCUUCUGUACUAUAUGUGUAAUUGUUUGUUUGUCCUUUUCUUUUUUUGAGCAGAGCUGCUCGGGAAUGCAAAGAAUUACAGUGUAAACUGACAAUAAAGUUGUAUUGUAUCGUAUAAACUGAUUUAUUGGUUGGGCUCUAACCCGUAAGCAGGAUGGAUGAUGCAAAGAGAGGCUUUGAAAUUAGAAAUUAUAUGAAUAAUGAAAUAUUUAUUGUAUGAAUGUAUAUCGAUGUGUUGUUCUUCAAUAAUAAGGAAACAACCUACAACCUCUUUCUACAGUUUUGUCCUUCGGGAACGCGGUAGGUUUUAGCACGGAAAACUGAUUUUAAAAUUCUGUCGAUCGGCACAAACUGGCGAUGUUCGUCUUCACAAACCCAUAUAGGAGAUGCAAAUAUAAUCGAUUCUACUUGACUGAGUGUGUGAUCUAAUAAGAGUC